UCUUGUUAUUCUUUACUCAAUGACUCAAUGGAAUGUAAUAAUUUUUAAUAUUCUAGCCUGAUAUGGUAUAAAAUAGUAUAUAAUACGAUAAUUUUUAGAAAUUUAUAUGGAAAUAGUAGACACAGAGAAAGAAGCAAAGAUAAAAGGAGAUUCCUAAUAGUUCGAUCUGUUGAUAAAGAAAUAGCAAAAAAAUUUUGCUUAUAUUUUAAAAUGGAUGAGAACGCACGCACAAUUUAUUGCGGAAAUCUAAGCGAAAAAAUAACCGAGGAUAUUCUCUAUGAAUUAUUUCUACAAGGAGGUCCUGUACAAAAAAUAACCAUUCCUAAAGAUCGCGAUGGCAAACAAAGAACAUUUGGAUUUAUUACAUAUAAACACAUAUAUUCUGUGGAAUAUGCUUUACGUUUAUUUGAUGGUACAGAACUGUACAAUCGUACUCUUAAUAUGAAACCGAGGAAUAAUGCUGAAUCACAGCAAAUGGAACAAUCUUUGAAUCCUGUUCGCAAUAUAAAUCACAUGUUACAAUUAGGGCAGCAAAUGAUCUUGGGAAAUUAUCCACCACAGAAUGGCAGUGCAAUGUUUUUGGCACAUAUUUCACAAAAUGUUCCGACAUAUUCAAGACAGUUGGAUGCGAACUCUGGCAAUGAUGAUAGAAUUAGAAGAAAUCAUCCUUAUCAAAGGAACAGAGAUAGAAAACAAGAGAGAGAUAGAAAUCAAGAGAGAAACAGGGACAGAAAUCGAGACAAAGAUAGAGAAAAAGAUAAGGCAAGAAGCAGAGAACAAAAUGAUCACUACAGAGAUGAAAGAUCAUACCAUAAUAGAGAUAAUUGGAGUCACCGUUCCAAUAGCUAUUCCCGAUAUAAUGAUAAUAAAAAAAGAUGGACUCAUUGAUAAUAAGUGUUUUUUGAUCUGUCAUUGCUAAUUGGAUUUUCCAUUAAUUUCUAAAUUUAACAAAAUAAGCAUAGAUUUAGUUCUGUUUUUCCUUUUUUUUU